UGGAGAUUUUUUCAUGGUUCUCCUUUAUGAGUGAUUCAAACUGUGUUUAUCUUAUUCAGUUAGUGUUUUCAAAUACUAUUUUGAUAUCUUUCUAUAAAAAUUGUUCAGAAUUCUGAUUCAAAUUGCGUUUUUGAGCAAAUCAAAAUGAAGGCAAUAUUCGCAAUUGCCCUGUUUAUUGUAGAUCUCAAUGGUUUGCUGGCAGACGAUAAAAAGGCAGACGAAUCUCUUUCAUCAAAAAUGAAUGAGCUGCGAAAUGCGAUCAAAUAUGAGUCUACAUUUGAAAUCAGAGAUCUUAUUAGACAAGGAAUGGAUGUGAAUGCUCACUUCGACGAUGGACAAACUCCAAUUCAUGUGGCGGCUGACGUUGGAAAUGCAAACAUAGCAGAAUUGUUUCUUGAUCAUGGUGCCAAUGUCAAUAUUUUGAGCCUCAAUGGAAUUCCAGCUCUUCAUAUGGCAGCCAGAAAAGGCCACCAAUCUGUAGUUGAAAUUCUUGUAAAGAAGAAUGCAAACGUUAACUUCCAAGAGCGUAAUUUCAGAAAUACCUCUCUACAUGUUGCGGCUGAUAAAGGUUUUGAAAGCAUUGUCAAAUACUUGAUCGACAACUAUGCAAAUAUCAACGUCACCGAUAAAAAUGGUCAUUCACCGCUUUAUUAUGCUCUCAAAAAAGGUCAUAAGAAAGUUGCUGUGAUACUCAUUGAAAACGGAACAAAUAUUGAUUUUGAACUGGGUGAUUGGAAGGGACUCAUAUUUCGUUGUGUUGUUGAUCAAGUUCAAGGUACCCAAAGAAGAAAUCGACUCAUCGCUAAAUUGAAUAACCGUGGAAUAGAUACUGAUGUUGAUUGGCCAACUGCGUUUAUUGAAGCUAUUAAAAAAGGUGAUGCCUUUUCGACAGAGUUCAUAGCAAAAAACUGUAUAAAUAACUUACGUGGAAUGCAAUGGUCCGUUGUGCUGGCUGCACGAACAGGACAAGCGGAAAUUGUAAAACUUCUCAUCGAAAUUGGUGUCAACGCGUCUCUUCCAGAUGCAAAUGGGACACUAGCUCUUUUUGUUGCCGUUGAAAAUGGUCAUGAUAAGGUGGUUGAGAUUUUAACACAAUCGGAAGUGGACAUCAACAUAAAAAAUCGAUCGGGGAAAACCGCUUUGCACGUUGCAAUUGAGGCUGGUUCAACAAAAAUGGUCGAGUGUUUAAUCCGAAAUUCGGCGAAUGUCAAUAUGAAGGAUAGCCAAGAAAAUUCCCCUCUUAUGCUUGCCCUCAAGAAAGGUAAUGACAACAUAACGUUGCUGCUGAUUGAUAACAACGCAGACCAAUACUUAGUUCAUAAAGAAUGGGGACCUGCCUGCUUUGGUUGUAUUACACGCAUUGCUAGCCGCAGUAUAAUUGAAGCAUUCAACAGGAAAAGUGUGCGUAUGGAACAAGAUUGGAAGCAGGCAAUUCAACGGACAGUUGAUGUCGAUGAUGCAAGAGGAACAAAAAUGCUCAUAAAAUGUUGCUUUGAAGAUGGAGACGUUCAGAAAUUGAAAGAGUUACACCUCCUUCAUUUGGCCGCUGAAAAGGGUAAUGUUGAUGUCGCAAAAGUUCUCAUUUCCCGUGGCGUUGAAGUUGAUGCCAAGAAUGACCAACAAGAAACAGCUCUUCAUUUCGCCGCUCGUUAUGGUCGAUUGGAAGUAGCCAAAAUCCUUAUUGAACAUCGCGCCGAUGUCAAUGCUCGAAAUGGAGUCGCUAAAAGAACACCACUCCAUUUAGUUGUUGUGAAUGGUAGUGGAAUGUUAGCCAGAGUUCUCUGUGAUAAUGGUGCCGAUGUUAAUGCUUUGAACGUACAUGGAGACACACCACUUAGCGAUGCUGUCUUGUACUCCGCUCUGGAUGUGGUUAAAGUUCUCGUUGAACAUAAUGCCAAAUUAUAUACUGCCGCCAUUCACGAUGCUGCCAUACAUGACCAGACUGGAGAAAUCACUAAGUUUUUCAUUGAACAUGGCGCCAACAUCAACAGAGUUAACGAUGGAGAGACACCUCUUCAUGCCGCUGCUCGUCAUGGCAGAACUGGUGCUGCUAAAGUCCUGAUUGACCAUGGUGCCAAUGUUAAUUUCCGAAUCAAAGAUGGAGAAACGCCUCUACAUCUAGCUGCUCGUCACGGUCGGGUGGAAAUAGUCGAACAUCUCAUUGAACGCGGCGCGGAUGUGAAUGCUAAAACUGAAUUUACUCAAAGAACUCCACUGCAUUUUACGUCGAAUGGUUAUGGCUUGUUAACAAGAGUUCUGUGUGAUAAUGGUGCCGAUAUCAAUUCUUCGGACAGAUUCAAAAGCACACCUCUUAAUGAUGCUGUUAUAAAUGCUGCUCUGGAUGUGAUUAAUGUUCUUCUAGAGUAUGGUGCUAAAGUCAACGAUAAAGCAAUUCGCGAUGCUGCCAUUCAUAACCCCACGGGAAAAAUCACUAAAAAGUUCGUUGACCACGGUGUCAAUGUCAAUUUGGGCAACAAUGAUCGACGUCUGCCAUCACGUCGACAAGGCGCUUUGCUGCCACCUCCACCAAAUCCUUUACCACCGGCAAUAUUUCACCAACGUGUCCGCCUCUGCAUUCCAGCUUGUGCCAGAUCCGCCACUUAGAUGUAAAUAACCUUUCAAAGGUUUCGUAUCACUUCUUAAAGGCAUCGAUAUCAACGAGGGCUGAAGCCGAUUAGACACACUUAUUCAUUUUUUUUUAAUUCAAAGUGUAAAAUAAUGAAAUUUAAUUAAAAAAAAUUAUUAA